AUGCGAUCAAUGAAAAUGUUUGUUAACAUGAAUUCUAAAUUUCAAUGUGCUAAUACAACAUGUUUACCGUUCGUUAUUAUUGUUACAUCAAAUGUUCUUGGUUGUGAAGUAGCAUGUUUAAUGCGAAGUCAAUGCAAAGCAGCAACUUUUUAUCGAUCAAUUACGAUUUGUCAAUUAUUUAAUGAUAUAAUAGAUCUGAAUGGGAAUAUGUUGAUACAUACAGAUGCUACUAGUAUGAGUGUUAUAAAUGGAACGCGAUUUCCAUCAGAAUCAAUAUCGACACAAAUAACAACAACAACAACAACAACUUCAACUACAACUACAGCAACAACAACAACAACAACAACAACUUCAACAACUUCAACUACAACAACUUCAACUACAACAACUUCAACUAGAACCACUUCAACUACAGCAACAACAACAACAACAACAACAACAACUUCAACUACAACAACUGCCGUUCUAAAAAAUCCAGGUAAUAAUAUUCAGUGGUUAUUUGAUGGAAAUUUAAAUGAUGUUUAUGGAAAUUAUAAUGGUCAAUUAUUUAAUACAACAAAUGUUACAUGGAUGUCACCAGGUUAUGCUGGUUAUGGAAGUGCAAUUCGUUUUACAGCAAAUAGCUAUAUGAUUAUAAAUCGAGAUCUUAAUCUAAGUUCAGUAAGAUUGACCGUAUCAGCAUGGAUAUGGUUACCAAAUACACUUUCAUCAAAUGUUUAUUUUCCAUUAUUUAGUUAUUGUCCAGCUUCUUCUACAGAUAUGUGUUUACACAUGAUUAUAAAGAACACAAUAUUUCUUGGUUAUUUUAGUGAUGAUUUAACAGGAAGUACAGUAUUGAAAUUUAAUCAAUGGUAUCAUGUUGCUUUCAUUCAUGAUCCUCUUUUAUUCAAACAAUCUGUUUAUUUAAAUGGAAUUCUUAAUGGAAUUCGAGUUCCUAAUUCUCCAUUUCAUGGUAAUGCAAAUUACACAACUAUUGGUGCAGUACCACUUCUUAGUGGGUUUACACUUCAAAAUGGUUUUAUUGAUAAAUUAACAUUCGCAGCACGUAUAAAAAAUACAAGUGAACUUCUUGAUGAAGCAACACUUGUUGCUUACUUUUCAUUUGAUAAUACAUAUAAUGAUAAUGGACCAAAUCAAAUGAUAAAGAUUACAUUUAUUUCAACUAGUUUUGAUUCACAAGGUCGAUUUAAUCAAUGUUUAUUAUUAAAUAAUUUAGCAAAUUUAUCUUAUUUUCAAAUCGAUGGAUUAUAUUAUCUUGGUCAAACAAAUUAUUCUUAUUCAUUUUCCUUAUGGAUUUAUCCAUUCAAUAAUAAUGGAACUAUUCUUCAAGUUAGUUCAACAUCAUGGUGUAUUCCAAUGAUUGGUUAUGAUUCUUUCGGUCAUUUAACAAUUCAAACAAAAGGUCUAAGUGGAAUCUAUUCAAUAACAUAUACAUCUGGAACAAUUUUAUUAAAUCAAUGGACAAAUAUUAUAUUGACUUAUUCAAAUACAAAUGGUUUACAAUUAUUUUUAAAUGGAUUAUUUAUUAAUGGAUAUAAUAGUGAUUACAGUUAUUCAGCUAGUAAUAAUUCAUUGAAUACAAUCAUUCUCGGUAAUUCUAUUACAUUAAAUAAUUGUUCAAGUAGUAUGACACAAAUUGUUCCUUCACAAUUUCAAGGAAAAAUUGAUGAAUUCAAAAUCUUUUCUCGUGAGUUAUCAUUGGAUGAUAUUACUGAAUUAGCUCAAGGAACAACAUAUUACACAUAUGGUUCAUCGAGUUUAUGGAAAUUUGAUAAUAACACUUUCGAUAGUUUAUCAAAUCUUAAUGGAACCGCUAUUAAUUCGCCAAGUUAUAUUGCAUCUGGUAUUACUGGUAAUGGUUAUGCUUUGAAAUUGAUUCGUAAUAAUAAUCAAUAUGUAACAAUAUCAACAUAUAAAAACUUUGCUAAUGUUAGUUUUACAGUUGAAAUGUGGAUUUAUCCAACUUCAUUAAGUAAUAAUAUUGAUUAUGGAUUAUUUUCUCAAUAUGGUUCAUCAACAACAGAUAAUUCAUUACACUUAAUAAUUAGAAAUAAUAUUUUAUUGAUGGGAUUUUAUGCUGAUGAUCUUCCAUGUACAACUACAUUGUCGAUAAAUACUUGGUAUCAUGUAGCUUUUGUGUAUGAUUAUCGAUCACGAUCACAACUUGUUUAUUUAAAUGGUAAUCAAGAUUGUCUUCGUACUUCAGCUGGACCAUUUUUAGGUACAAGUGGUUCAAUAUAUAUCGGAACAUUCAUGCUUGUCCAGGGUAACUUUCAAUAUUUUGAUGGUUAUAUUGAUAAUGUUGAAUUAAAUAUGAGAGUAAAAACUAAUAGUGAAAUUCUUACUGAUGCGACAUUAACAACAUGGCAUUCAUUUGAUAAUAUAUCAUUGAUAGAUUCAGGUCCACUUGGAUUAACAAGAACAUAUAGUAAUGUUACUUUAGUACCUGGGAAAGUUAAUCAAGCUUUAAGUUUUAAUUCAAGUUUAUCUUUUUAUCAAGUUUCUGGAUUUGUUCUUCUUGGUAUUCCUAAUAAUCCAUAUUCAAUGUCUCUAUGGGUUACACGAACAUCAACAGGUGGAGGUAUUCUUAUUCAUCUUUCAACACAAACAAAUGGAACAGGAUGGUGUGCUGCUCUUAUGGGUUUUCGAUCUACUGGAGAAAUUAUUGUAAUUAAUUGGUAUGGUGGUACUGGAACAGAAAUAGUUGGUCCUAUUUUAUCUAUUAAUAUUUGGAUACAUAUUGCUAUGACUUAUUCACCAACUAAUGGAUUAAUUCUUUAUAUUAAUGGAAUUAAUUAUGGCACAACAGGUUCAAGAUCUUAUGGUGCUCCGGGACAGAAUGUUUUUUUAACAUUGGGUAAUUUCCUUGGUGGAACUUCUUGCAAUAAAACGUCAAUUACUUCAGACCCUUAUGUUGGUUAUUUAGAUGAAUUUCGUGUCUACUCUCGAGAAUUAUCUGCUGCAGAUGUUUACGGACUUGCUAAUCCUUAA